UUCUGUCCCAGGCUAACCAGAAAGGCCAUGGGCACUGAGAGGGCCCCCCAGAGCCAGCUGUGCACCCGGUACUUGCUUGUCCUGAUCUCCAUCUUCUUCAGCCUGGUGGCCUCCCUGGACUGGAAGACUUCCCAUAGCCAGGAUCCCUUUGAGAAAUGUAUGCAUGAUCCUGACUAUGAGGUGCUGCUCAAGGUUGUGACCUUGGGCCUCAAUCGAACCUCAAAGCCCCAGAGGGUGAUUGUGGUUGGUGCCGGUGUGGCUGGGCUGGUAGCUGCCAAGGUGCUCAGUGAUGCCGGACACAAGGUCACCAUCCUGGAGGCAGACAACAGGAUCGGAGGCCGCAUCCUCACCUACCGGGACCGGAAGACAGGCUGGAUUGGGGAGCUGGGAGCCAUGCGCAUGCCCAGCUCGCACAGGAUCCUCCACGAGCUCUGCAAGAGUCUGGGACUCAACCUGACCAAAUUCACUCAGUAUGAUGAGAACACGUGGGUAGAGGUCAACAACCUGAAGCUGCGCAACUAUGUGGUGGAGAAGAUGCCAGAGAAGCUGGGCUACAAGCUGCGCCCCAGGGAGAAGGGCCACUCACCCGAAGAAAUCUAUCAGAUGGCUCUCAACCAGGCCCUCAAAGAUCUCAAGAAACUGGGCUGCAGAAAGGCAAUGAAGAAGUUUGAAAGGCACACGCUCCUGGAAUACCUCCUCGGGGAGGGGAACUUGAGCCAGCCGGCCGUUCGGCUCCUGGGAGACGUGAUGGCCAAGGACGGCUUCUUCUAUCUCAGCUUCGCGGAGGCCCUAAGGGCCCACAGCUGCCUCAGCGACCGGCUCCGGUACAGCCGCAUCGUGGGCGGCUGGGACCUGCUGCCGCGCGCGCUGCUGAGCUCGCUGUCGGGGCCAGUGUUGCUGCACGCGCCUGUCGUGGCGAUAACGCAGGGGGCGCACGAUGUGCGCGUGCACGUCGCGAGCUCGCGCGGGGCCCGGAGUCUGAAGGCCAUGACCGCCGAUGUGGUGCUGCUCACCGCGAGCGGGCCGGCGCUACAGCGCAUUGCCUUCUCGCCGCCGCUGACGCGCAGGGGGCAGGAGGCGCUGCGCGCGCUGCACUACGUGCCGGCCACCAAGGUGUUCCUGAGCUUCCGCCGGCCCUUUUGGCACGACGAGCACAUCGAGGGCGGCCACUCGAACACCGCCCGCCCGUCGCGCGUGAUAUUCUACCCGCCGCCGGGAGAGGGCGCGCUGCUUCUGGCUUCGUACACGUGGUCGGACGCGGCCACCGCCUUCGCCGGCCUGAGCCAGGAGGAGGCGAUGCGCGUGGCGCUCGACGACGUGGCGGCGCUGCACGGGACGAUCGUGUACCGGCUCUGGGACGGCAGCGGCACAAUCAAACGCUGGGCCGAGGACCCACACAGCCAGGGCGGCUUCGUGGUGCAGCCGCCGACGCCCUGGCAAGACGGCGGGGACGACGGGCAGGACUACGACUGGUCAGUCCCCUACGGCCGCAUCUACUUCGCCGGUGAGCACACGGCCUACCCGCACGGCUGGGUGGAGACUGCUGUCAAGUCGGCGCUGCGCGCGGCCGUGUUAAUCAACAGCCGCGAAGGGCACAGCCGCGAGGGGCACACGCUGGUCAACGAGGAGGGGCUCGUGCGCCAGGUGCCCAGCCGUCCCCGGUGCGAGUUCCAAAAGGCUGGUGCCACCCACGCUCCGGCCCCACAUGGGAUGACCGCUCAGCACACCAAGAGACCCGAGCAUUAA